AACAGUCCUGCACUCAACAUUUGCACCUAGUCAAGAGAUACCGACUGCAGGAUGGCAUAGUAAAUCCAACAAUAAGAAAAGAUUUGAAAACUGUCCCGAAAUUCUACUGUUGUCCAAUCAAAGGAUGUCCUCGAGGCCCUGACAGACCAUUUUCUCAGUUUUCUCUGGUUAAACAGCACUUUAUGAAAAUGCAUGCAGAAAAGAAGCACACAUGCAGUAAAUGCAGUAAUUCCUAUGGCACUGAGUGGGACCUGAAACGACAUGAGGAGGAUUGCGGCAAGACCUUCCAGUGUACGUGUGGCUGUCCAUACGCCAGCAGAACCGCACUGCAGUCUCACAUCUACCGAACUGGCCAUGAGAUCCCUGCAGAACACAGAGACCCACCUGGUAAAAAAAAGAAAAAUGGAAAGCUAUGUAAAGCCAGAAGUUGUUCAGAAUCAUUGAGUGACCAACCAGCUCCUCACCAAGACAUUCAUGAACUGGAAGCGUCAGAAGUAAAGCUAGCAGCAUCAUUUGAAGACUCUUUCCAUACUCAUGCCAAAAAGCAGAACAUCACAGCACCUCCCAGGUGCCCCCAGAAGUUGCUUUUACCAAAGCCCAAGGUGGCUCUGGUUAAACUUCCAGUCAUGCAGUUUUCCCCUGUGCCUAUCUUUAUGCCUACAGCCGACCCCUCUGUCCAGCCUGUGGUGUUAGGUGUGGAUCGAGGUUCUGCAGCAGGAGCUGUGCACUUAGUCCCCUUGUCAGUAGGAACCCUGGUCCUCAGCCUGGAUUCCCAGGCCUGCUCUAUGAAGGAGAGCCUACCUCUUUCAAAGAUUAUCAGUCCUAUUGUUGAGCCAAUCAGUACAAGUGUGGGGAAAAGUCCUUGUGGUCCUUUACAAGAACUAGGAAAUACAUGUCAGAAGAAUAGCAUCUCCCCAAUCAACGUGCAGACUGAUCUGUCCUACACCUCCCCCUACUUGAUACCUUCUGCUCAGUGGCUUAGCCCUGAUUCUUCGUCAUCGUGUUCUCAGACUGACCUGUCAUUUGAUUCUCAAGUGUCCCUUCCCGUUAGUGUCCACACCCAGACGUUGGUUCCCAGCUCAAAGGUCACUUUAUCCAUAGCUGCUCGGACGGAUGCAUUUAUAGAUGCCUGUUUCCAGCCAGGUGGGAUAUCCAGAGAAACCCAAACCAGCAGGAUGCGAGAUCCCACAGAUGACCCUGUGCAGGUGGGCCACACUGGCCUAUGUGGGGACAUUUUUGAAGGUGUCCAUUCAUCAUAUAGCGUUACCUCGGACAACAUCAUGAGUAGUAGUUUAGUUUCAGAGACAGUAACUAAUGGUCUGUUACCUCAGAAUGACCAUAAGAUAUUAAGCCAAGUCAUCGAAAAGCCUGCACCCUUGUUAUACUUCAGUGCCCAGAACAGCAUGCUUCCCUCACAGAACAUGACAGAUAAUCAGACCCAAACCAUAGAUCUACUGAGUCACUUAGAAAACAUCUUGUCAAGCAAUCUGCCUGGUCAAGCACUAGACAAUUGGAGUCUUCUGUCCGACGCAAACCCUGGGCCUGAUGCCCAGCUCCCAUCAGCCUCAGGCCAGAAUUCUGGGAUCGAUUUCGAUAUUGAAGAAUUCCUUUCAGCCUCAAAUAUUCAAACUCAGACUGAAGAGAGUGAACUCAGCGGCGUGAGCACUGAGCCAGCCUUGGAGUCUCUGGACAUUGAGACCCAGACUGACUUCUUCCUCACAGACCCCUCUGCACAGUCCUAUGGGUUCAGAGGAAGUUCAAGCUUUUUAGGCCUUGAGAUGUUUGACACCCAGACACAGACAGACUUGAACUUCUUCUUAGACAGUAGUCCUCACCUGCCUCUGGGCAGCAUCCUGAAACACUUCAGCUUCUCCAUGAGCACUGACUAUUCUGACACAGAGACCCAAACUGAAGGCGCCUCCCCGUCUCGACACACACCGGCUCUGGAGAGCAAGGUCCACCUGAACAGCACAGAAACACAGACCAUGAGCUCUGGCUUUGAGCCCCUGGGGAACUUGUUCUUCACCAGCAAUGAAACUCAGACAGCAAUGGGUGACUUCCUUCUAGCUGAUUUGGCCUGGAACACAAUGGAGUCCCAGUUCAGCUCUGUGGAAACCCAGACGUGCUCGGAGCUGCACGCUGUCUCCAGCUUCUGAAGCUGCAGCCUGGCUCCCCUUUCCUUGUAUGUUUAGAAAAUGGGGACAAGGACAGCCACACCGACUGGGGAUGUAGUUGAUAGGGCAGCUGUUUAGGUUCUCUGCAGUUCUUGACGUUUUGUACUUGUGAACACAAGAUUGGUGUACAAAUGUGAGUGUAUUAUAAAG